AACACAGCAAGAACACACCAUCUCCUGAUGAACGCCAAUUCCAACCAAAUCGCACAGACGGGUAGCUUACCCAUGGCCACGCCGAGUGUGCACAAGUGUUGGGUGUGCAGUGUGAUGUCCGAAUGCGCUGAGUGUGCCUUCUGCGAGCGAGAGACAUGUGAGCGAUGCCAACGCCAGUGCGAAGGCUGUCUGGAGUCGUUCUGCUCGCUCUGCUCGACUACCAAUUAUGACGAAAAAUACGAUCGCACAUUCUGUUUAGACUGCAACGAAGAAGUGAGACGGUCUUCCCCAAAUCGCAAACCGGUCACUGGCUUCUCACAGCUGCCAACGCCUUUACAACAGCCAUACUUCAAACAACUACAGUACAAUUUCCAAUGAUGGUACCACUCAGAAACGGCUCAAUUUGACCGCACCGAGCAUAGUCCCGGCUGAGCAUCCGACAUAACUGAUCCUAGAUGAGUACAGUACGAAGCCUGUGGUAUGAAAAAUGAUGCGGUGCAAAUGACGAUAUAGCCCUACACCUACCAAGUCUAGUACAAUCGCGGCUAAAUAUACGGGAUAAUUAACCCGUAUGGAUGCAACGUCGCCUUACUGCGAAAAGUGUUAGCACAAAACUGACGUGCUGCGGUCGUCAGAAUGUAUCCCUACCUGUUUGUCACCGCCUUAGAAGUAUCACAGACAGUCAACUACUAUAUGUUGUACCCACAUAUACAUGUCAUCUACAAGUAGUACGGAGAGCACGCGAGCCCAUCAAUAAGUACCAUUGCUGGCUACUGGAUGACGCUACAUGACCCUUGACCUUAAAACGUUCACCAACCAAGUGACCGGAGAGUUGAAUCCCGAUGCCAGAUUGCGCUGGAAUUGGUUAGGCAGGCCUGCUAUGUAUGUAUCAUAUGUGUUUCAAACAGUGGGCGCUCCUGGCAGAUAAUGUGUUGCUUUGUGUAUCCAGUAGCCGCAAGACUAUUCCAUCCACUCGACCGUACGCCGACUUGUUUUGGGUCGGUGUAUGACUGUGAUAGCUAUCUAUGGAGUGUAUUAGCGUGCCAGAAAUAUGAGCAGGUCCUGUGAGCAAUAGUGCCUCAGCAACAAACCCGUGUGUAACUGCUCCUGAGGUAAGGUAGCAAUGCUGGGUGUUACCACGGGUGACCCACGCCAAAAACUGAGUACUCGGUCUGCUCGGAUGUGCAAGUGUAAGGAGGGGCUUAAAAUUCCGACCUGAAGCUGUGGAAGUACAGCAGGAUCAAAUAUACCAUAGCUGAAUCUGAGGCUGAAUCUAGUUGAGUGCCUAAUAUGUUAGGCUUCCGUUCAGGGGAGCAAAUGCGCUAACGUCGAGCGCGAUAAUAGCCAUGAGCUAAAAGAUAUGUGUCAAUAAAUCGGACCUCCACAAUCAUUUGUUGAAGAGAUCAAAC